GCUCAAAGUUAUGGCCUUCUGUCUAGAAAGAUCUCCCAUUUUGGGGAGGAGUGUUGUUCACUAGUGCUUUCCGAAUCCUCUUAACCAGGUAAUCUCAUAACCCAUCUGCCGUAUAGGCUAUCGGCUAUUACCCAUCAGCCACCUCCCAGUCCCAGCCUACACCAAUAUGUCAUGUCUUUAGCCUCUUCAGAGCAGCUAAAGAAAAGACCAUGCUAAUCUCUCCUCUAGCAGACAGGAACCAGAAGGAGUUGUGUUCAGUGUUGAGUGAUGUGUUGGAGGAGCAGUCUCACAGGGAACUGUUUGCCUUAGAGCUUGGCUCUGGCACCGGACAGCAUGUGGUCAACUUCGCCAUGGCCAUGCCCUUCAUCACCUGGCAACCGUCAGACAUCAAAGAGGAGUCCCGUGACAGUAUCAGAUCCUACAUAGUGGCAACCAAAGUGAAGUCUGUGCUGCAGCCUGUGCACCUGGACGUCAGCGAACCCUGGGAGAAGUGGGCGGGCCUUCCACACAGCGCCUGUGAUGUCAUCGUGGCCAUCAACCUGCUUCAGUACAGCUCCUUCAAAACUGUAGAGGGCCUAGUCAAAGGAUCAGGACAGAUCCUCAGACAAAAUGGUAUCUUGAUCACACAUGGGCCCUAUGCCAUCAACGGCACAAUCACCCCCAGCUGUAUGCAGGACUUGGACCAGGAACUACGAGAGAUGAACCCAGAGUGGGGUCUACCGGACAUUGACGUUCUGAGACAGCUGGCAUUUGGGAACGGGAUGCGUAUGGAGAGGAUGCUCGACAAUGGCAACUAACCUGGUCCCAGAUCUGUUUCUGCUAUAUAGCCAACUCCAUGACAUGACAAUGAGUGACAAGGAGUUGGCAUGACAACACCAACAGACUGGAACUCCACCUACUUCAUGCUCAGAUUCCAAAUGAUAAUAUGACAGAAACACACAAAGCAGAUGGACAAUAGAAGAACAAGAUAUUUAUUAAAUAUAAUAUUAGAAUUACUUUAAAGAAGUCAAACAAAAGAUCAUUAAUGAUGAAGUGAAGAAGUUCAAAGAUGGCAUGGAAGGGGUUACAGAAGAAGCCACUGAUUGGGUGUAUGUUACAUACAUGCACCACACAUGUUCAUCAGAUGUCCAUAUCCUGAAGCACUGACUACCACCACCUCUCCUCUCCCGACCCACAGGGUUUUGAAAGAGACUCAGAAAAGGGUGGACCUCAAAAGUAUUUUCCUGAUUCCCUCCCUGCGUCCUCUCUCCUCCUCGCCUCCUCAAAACAUCAGAAGGAAGCGGGGAAAUAAUUGGGAGAAUAACCAAGGAACGGAAUCGAGGAAAUAGGAUACAAGGAAUCGAGGAAAUACUUUCGUGAUUCAACCCAACACACCAGAAACAAUAUGGACCCCCCCCCCCACAGAUCCGAUAACUCCACCUCAGCACCAACAGUUACACACCCACAGGGCUCUGGUCAAUAGUUGUGCACUGUAUAGGAAAAAGGAUGCCAUUUAGGACACGCCCACAGUCAGAGGGUCUCUCUACUCUCUCAUAGGCUGUGUUUACACACAGGGGUUUUGCAACUAAUUGACCAAUCAGAUCAAAUCUUUUGCAAAUAAUUGGUCUUUUGACCAAUCAGAUCAGAUCUUUUGCCACUAAUUGUUCAAAAGAUCAGAAUGGGUCUGCCUGUGUAAACACAGCCAUAUAAACCUGACUGCAACCCUCUGGAUAACUGCUAGUUAAUAUUUGGCAAUGGAACUACAUUUGUAAUCGAUGUAAUCGAAGUUCUAUUCACACUAGCGUGACGCAAGGCAUUGUGGUUAAUGGAGUUGUUGUGAGUGACCCAUUAUGUCAACAGUUGUGACACAGGACACCUUGAGAGAGUGAUGGUGGUAAUAUAUCUGUCUCUGGAGCUGUAGAUUGUGGGAAUUGUAGUUCCACACUGGAUGUAAGUGUUCUAUUGUAGUCCCAUACUGCUUCCCCCUCAGCCAGUCUGAUUCGUGCUAAGAUAACUAUCAGAAGUGUAAAACCUAAUAAAACGCUAUUCUUUCUUCCUUGUUCUCCAUUAUCAACUCAAAAAGCUAUCAUGAGAAACACUUCAAACUCAAUGCAGUCAGUGCACUACCAAGCCUUGCUAACAUAAGACGGUCCAUCUAUACUUUAAAAUGAGUUCUGUGUCAGCGGAUGUGUGUGUUGGGGGGUAAAAUGGGAAAAUUACACUGAAAUGUAAACUCAGGAGAAGUGGGUUAGUGCAUCCAUCCAUCCAUCCCUUCUCUGGUGAUAGAACCCUGGAACCUGUUUGAGUGUGCUUUCUGUCCUCCCUCCUUCAGCUCUUUAUUCCUUCACUCAUCCCCCGCAUCUCCAUUCACUCCCACUGCUUCUCUCAACCAAGCAGGCAGUAUGAAAAUAUGUUCAAUCACCACAGUAUGACUUCAGAUUAGCUACUGCUGUAACACACGUCUCCCAUUUCUUGGAAAAUAAGGAUUCCAACAUGCAAACUAGCUUUUAGAAAUAUGAGACAAAUUAUGGUUAUGGUCUGGUCUUAGAUUCAAUUGAUUCCUGUCAUAUUUGAUUUGUUACUCUAUUACACCACUGACUAGAUGAGCUUCAGAUAUUAGUUUCAGAAGAGAAAGACUCCAUACAUUAUCAGAGAGACAGAGAGAGAGAGAGAGAGAGAGAGACAGACAGACAGAGACAUA